CAUGCGCAGCGCGGACUCGCGCCAUGGCGGAAGGUGGUCGUGAGACACAGGCUCGUGCGCUCCUGCAGCAGUGCCUGCACGCUCGCCUACAAGUACGCCCGGCCGAAGGAGACGCUGCGGCGCAGUGGGUGGAGAUUCGAAGAGGAUUGGUGAUCUAUGUAUGUUUCUUCAAGGGAGCUGACACAGAACUUCUUCCCAAAAUGGUAAAUACGCUGUUAAAUGUGAAGUUAAGUGAAACGGACACCGGCAAGCAUGUGUCAGUCCUCGAUCUGCCUGGCGACGUUCUGAUCAUCCCGCAAGCCACCCUGGGGGGCAGGGUGAAAGGACGGAGCAUGCAGUACCACUCCAACUCUGGAAAGGAGGAGGGAUUAGAACUGUACUCCCAGUUUGUGAGUCUGUGUGAAAAAGCCGUGGCCAACAACAGCAAGUGUGUAGAAGCGGGGGUCGCGGUGGCGCACGGCACGUACGGGAACAGGCAAGUGCUAAAGCUGGACACCAACGGGCCGUACACGCACCUCAUCGAGUUCUGAAAACUUCCGGUCCACACCGCUUCCUGUAUAAAACGACCUGGGCCGGUGCUCAGGGGGCAGAGGCAAGCAGAUUUCUGUGAGGUGGAGGCCAACCUGGUGUAUGUAUCGAGCUCCAGGACAGCCAGGACUACACAGAGAAACUCUUGUCUCCAAAAACCAAACCAAAAAGUUAAAUAUUUAUGCUGGGCAUGGUGACAUGGUAAUACACAUGCCUUUAAUUCUAGCACUUGAGAGACAGAGGCUGGAGGAUCUCUGUGAGUUCGAGGACAGCCUGGGCCACAGUGUGAGUUCUAGGAUAGGCAGAGUUUACAUGUGAGACCGUCUUGAAAAAACAAAACUAAAUAAAUAAAUAUUAAAAUUUUAACAUAUUUUUCAAAGUGAAGAACAAAUGACCAGAUCUAGAGUCUGAGGAGCUGCUGGCGUCUCCUGGUGGCUCAGGCUCUCUCAGUCUGUUUGGACGCUUUCGGUUCCUAUGGCUCAUACACCCUGAAAUCCCUUUUUUAUCUUUCCUGCUGUUCUAUUUUGAAACUUAAGAAUCAAUAACUUGAGCUCAUCGUCCUUAGCUUUUGUUUUAUUGAUUCACAAUACAGUUGUUGAAAUAUAAUAAACUAUUCAUAAGCUUAGAAACUCCAAUUUUUCUUAAAGCUUCUCCAAGGACAUAUGCAUGUCUUUGAAAAAAGAUUGCAUUACUUACUUUAAAUCGUUUUGAUUUUAUGCUUAGGUAAAAUGCUGACUCAGCCCUAGAUGUGGGUCAAGGAAUUCUCCUUACAAAGCUGCCCGAGGUACCUGUGGAGAAUGGCCCCGCAAGUGGGGAAGAAAUAACUUAGAAAUGUAACUUAGAAAUGAUGGCAGAGGGGAAGAAACAAGAAAAAGAGGAGGCCUGAGAUCACUUCAGUUUAGCUUUCAGCAUACACACUUGCCUUACCUUCCUAGCUCUAGUGAGGACAGCACUGUAGAAAGAAAGACAAGCCAUCUCUGCAAGUCGUCCAGUACAGCACAAUCAUCCCUGUCCUCUAACGUGUAUAGUGAGUCCCGUUGAAAUUAACCUUGGCAAAGGGCCUGCUUCUCUCCUUGCCAGCAAUUGCUUUAUUUACUAAAUUAGGCACAAGCAGAAUUGCCUGUAACUUGGAUGCCUAGAGCUUCCCCGCCCCCGGAGCUGGAGCUACAGGUGUUUGUGCUGGUGUGGGUGCCGAGAAUCCAACUGAGGCCCUCUGAGUAAGCAGUGCUCGCUCUUAACCACUAAGCCGUCUCUCCCACCUGGAAGCAUUUUUUAAUCUUUCAAUUUUGAAUCUGGGAACCACUUGUAAAAAAAUAUUCUAUGUAAGGUGGAUCAUGUGGUUGGGAUGUCUUGAACUCAUUCCUAUAAAGUAAAAUGGGGGUGCCGGAGAGGUGGGUCAGUGGUCCGAGCAUGCAGUACUCUGAAAGGAGCAGUGUUCAGCUCUCAGCUCCAACGUCAGGCGAUUGACAGCAUCCUGUUGCUCCGCCUCCAGGUCUCUACCCUCCCAUCCCCCCAUCCUCCCCCCCACUCCCCCCCACACACACCUCUUUUUGGUUUUUUCUUUCUUUCUUUCUUUCUUUCUUUCUUUUUUUUUUUUUUUUUACGUUUUAAAGAAUCAUUUAAUGUGUUGGCAGAACUGGCACAGACAGAAUAAAUAAUAGUGCUUUUGGGAAGAGUAGUGAUAAAUUGGGUAGGCAAAGCCUCAUUGUAAAUGUGAUGCACAAAUAACUUGUAGAUGUGCAAAGUUGCUGAGUCCGUGACAGGAAUGGCCCAACCCACCCACCCACCCCCAGACAACCUCUCUGUUUGCCUGUCAUGUACAGGGAAUAGACUAGGGCUAAGGAACACAGGGAUGGGAGACUGGAGAGAACUGAACAGGUCAGACAAGCACGUGUGUUCACACACACACCUCAAGAGACUGCACUACAGAAACAACUGCUACUCUUUUGGGCAACAGGUCAGGCCAUCUCAGAUACUGGAACCCAAGGAAUCCUCACUGGGAUAGUGCUGGCCGGGUCCAGGCCUCUGGGUAAGAGCAACACUUCCACGGCCACAGCAUUAAUUGAAUGUCUAUGAACACACACACACACAUAUAUAUAUAUAUAUAUAUAUAUAUAUAUAUAUAUAUAUAUAUAUAUAUAUAUGUUAAUUACAAGUCUACACGAAUUACUUCAUGUCUUAUACCCCUGUACUCUAAAGCUGGGCAUAAUCAUUUUUUCAUUUUCCAAUACAGUAUUGAAAUAAGAUAAACCCUUGAUCGUUGUUUAAGUAGAAUUAUGGGGUAGAGAAAAAAAUUAGCUACCAGGUGUUAAAACUUGUACUUAACUAUCAUAACUAGCCUUUAAGGUCUCUCUUGACCCAAAACCAAGUCUUUGUGGCGUCACCACGCCCAGAAAGGCUUUGCAUGUGCUGUGCGCAUGCCUAAGUUAGGUGCAGUUAACAGAACCUGCCCGAGACUGUUUCAAACAUCUAAACUGAUUAAGUCACUCCUUGUGUACGUAUAUGUCAGUACAGUCUAGGCGCUGGGAGCCUCAGCUGCCUAACUGGACAAGGAUUCUCAGGACUGGGUGUUGGCUGAAGUGAGGGUUCGAGAAGUCGCAUCAGGUCUGAAAGCCUUUGAAAGUUCUCGCUUGUGUACUUUGCCAGACUUGUGAGGAGUCCAUCCUGGUCUUGGGCUUUUGCUAGGUGUCUCUGGCUGUCUCUCGUUCUUCAGUUUCCUCCCGUUUGGCUCACUCUUUCUCCACAGUGUGUUCUGAAACACACUCAUGAGUUUCUGCCCGUUCACCACAAAUGCUGUUGCGUGCUCCUGUUCCCAUUGUUCUGUCCUGUUUUCAGCUCCUUCCAGCUUAGGGUGUGUGUUCAAGAGCUUUGCCCCUUCCUUUUCUUAUUUUAAAAGAUUUCCCCCUCGGUUUGUAAACCGACUUGGGUCCGAAGCUUUUCUCUCAAACUCUAGGAAAAGUUUCCAGCUCUCUUCCCAUCUCUGGACACCUUCAAUCACUUCCUUGUGAACGUCAUAGUAGUUUCUUAACCAUAUAAUCUCAGCGUCAUGAAGAUGGAGCAGGUUUUCUGUGUAGUGGUCAGAAUAGUAAGGGGCCAGAGCCUGCCUCUGUUCCGGCUGUAAAGACACUGGUCCCAGACCUGAGCCGCGCCACUCGAAUUGUCUCAGUCACUCGCUUUAUAUUUGCAUUUUCAGUUCUUCUAACCAAUCCACUUCAGUUCAGCGUGUUCCUGACUUGGGUUUUUGACCCAGUCAGAACUGCAGCCACAGGCUCUCUCUUUCUAUCCCCGAGCUCUCAGAUUUGAGCAUGGAGCCCCUCACAUUCUGCUUUGUAUUGUAAUUUUUUCAUUUCCAUCUGGUUCAGCAACUUCAGCAAUGUUGCAGUAUUCUCCAGUGAUAAACAAAAGGCACUCUCUCUCAUCUUCACACACUACAUCCCUUUCAAAGCUUGUAUCCGGAGUGUGUUCUAAUUCUUCCAUACACUGUGGGACAGUCUAAGGCAGUCUGUAGCCUGGCUGAGCAAGGCUUACUCCAGAAUCCCAGUAGAACAUUCUACAAGGGAUGGAACCAGUGAGCCAUGCGCCCAGACUCCUGACUCCUCAACUCCAUAACCUUGUGGCCAUAGUUCUGCCUGGACUCCACCCCUACAUUCACCUGGCUACAACCAGGCUUUCCCCACCUGACAGUUACCUGGCAACACCAGGUAGCCCAGCCACAAAAGGAGGCGUCUUGCCCCUCCUCUCUGUGUCGCUUCUCUCUCUUGCCCUUGUCUCCCCGUUUCCCCUCUCUCCCCUUUCUUUUCUCUUCUUUCCACGUGGUCGUGACUAACUCUCAUCGCUCUAUCUUCUCUUUCUCUCUUUACUUCUCUAUCUCGUUUCUUUCCCUAUUUCUCUAUAAUAAGGCUUUGAAACUAUGAACUGUCUCUUCUUAUCAAAACCCACCGCAAGGGCAUGGAAUAGGCCUCAGCGUUUCCAGCCACGGGAACGUACCCAAGCUUCUUCCCAGCCAGGCUUCCUCAACAGGUACCCGGGCAUCCCCGCCUUCUGGGCAAAGACCUCCCCGCGAGCCAGGCAGCCUCUCUCUCUACAGAUACUCGGGCGGGCGCCAGCCAUCCCUGCCCCAGUGUGGUGCGCGUGCCCAGCCAGCUUCCCCUAUGCCAGGCCCGUUCUGCUCAUUUUUCCCCUACAGCGGCACUGCCUACCCGUUUUUCCCCUACAGCGGCACUGCCCACCCGUUUUUCUCCUACAGCGGCACUGCCCACCCGUUUUCUCCUACAGCGGCACUGCCCACCCGUUUUUCCCCUACAGCAGCACUGCCCACCCGUUUUCCCCAGCCUCGCGACCCCCACCACGUUCCGUUUUUCCCACAAUAUACAAUAUGAUUUGUCUCUUCAUGUUGACAAAUUGUUCAUGCCUCGAUUCCUUUGUUUCCGAAGUUGCCACACGCUGUCGGAAUAGGUUCAGCCCCUCUGAGGUGGGGACAGUACCACUGUCCCCAACACGGGAGGCAUACAAAGAAUUUCACAGAGUUCUUCAUCUUGUUCUUGAAGUAACGUCAGUUCCUGCUUUCUCUCCUUUUUCGGUUCUCUCAUCAAUUCUACUUGAGUGUGCAAAUCUUUUUCUAGUUGCAAGAUGGUUGUUUCUUUUUCUUCCUGAAAUGGCUUCACUUGUAACUCACUGCACAGGGUACUCAGUUCCUUCUGACAAUGGUUAUGCUUCUGAGUCGCCUUUCCGGCAGGCCCUCCUCUUCAGCAAUCAUUCUGUCCAGAAGGUCCUUCUCUACAACCUCAGGUCUUUGCAAUCUCUGCUCCUCUGGAAUCCCAAUUAACUCCCAUGUUUCCCGAAGGUGAGUUAGAGCUUUCUAGAGGCGCACAGUGGAUUCGUCUGCUAGCACCUCACUUCUCCUCAUGGUGGAUGCUCCAAGCCUUCCAGAACCAAGAACCCCACUCCCCACAUGCAGGACAGAGAACGGUAACCGGCGCAUUCUUCUCCUGGAGUCGGUCUUCAGCCUUAUUUUAAUCUUAAAAAAAAAAAAAAAGAACCAGAAUGACUCACACCUUUAUCAUUCCUUCAUUGCUUCACGUACAUCAGACCCUGUGUAGUCUUCCCUAAGCUGCUAACCAUAAGCACGCACCAGCCCUGAGUUGGGGGUGGGACGAUAGGAUAGCUCCCUAAAUUACAGCUCUACAUUCUAGCACUGACAUACGUCUGCUAAACUCAGGGACCCCUGCUCUCCAAGGUCAAAGAUCUCUUCCCUCCAAAGGCCAUAAAUGUCAGAAUUCUCUUUGUUCUGCUGGUCCCUGUUAGGUCUCUCAUCCCUGCCUCCCCAUUGUGAAUGGCAGCUUUACUAAAGGAAAUUUCACCAGAAAGGGGGCGGGGAAGGCACGCCAUUUAUGAAUAAUAUCUAUGCUAAUGAUUUUUGGCUCUAUGAUGAAGGAAUAAACAUUACUGAAUAUCAAAUA